AUGCGAUCAGUUCUUCUUCCCGCUUUCGGGACUUUAUUCAGCCUUGGAGCGUCAGGGGCCCAGAUUUUCUGUGACACCAAGCACGAUCCUGCAGCUGUUUCGAGCGCAGCACUUGCUGUCCAAGAAACGGAACGCUGCAUUUCCCAAGCAUUCAUCUUAACAAUCACUCGUCUGAACAGCAAUGACCUGCCCUCCAACGUGCAAAAUUGCGUCAGUCAACUCCAAAGCAUCAUCGACAAGUGCCUUGCCGCUCCUGAGAGUGCUUUGGGAGGCACUUUGGAAACUGAUCAGGUGCUAUACGAUAUCGCUUUGGUGGACGCCGAGGAUGAAGCUCGAGUCCAGAAGAAGUCAGUGCGUGUGAAGAGGGCUGGAAGGAAUACAUCAAGGGAUAAAUCAAAGACCACUUCGCCGCCCGCAUCAAAGACCACAUCGAAGCCUGUAUCAAAGACCACAUCGAAGCCUGUAUCAAAGACCACAUCGAACCCUGUAUCAAACACCUCAUCGAAGCCUGUAUCAAACACCUCAUCGAAGCCUGUAUCAAACACCACAUCGAACCCUGUAUCAAACACCUCAUCGAAGCCUGUAUCAAACACCACAUCGAACCCUGUAUCAAACACCACAUCGAACCCUGUGUCAAACACCUCAUCGAAGCCUGUAUCAAACACCACAUCGAACCCUGUAUCAAACACCACUUCCAAGCCUGUAUCAAAUACAUCAUCACAGUCCAAACCAACCUCAUCACAGACGUCUGCUUGUCCUGCUCCUGGCCAAAACAACACACGAAUAGAUGGCAAAGGGCAAACGAACCCCCAGCAAAAACGAGCAGAUCGCACCGACCCAGGCGGAUCGCGAGGUGAUCCUGCGCUCUUUGACUGUGGGAAGCCCUAUGAUAGAUAUUACAGAGAACACAAGAAUCUGGAAGGAAGCGCCGAGACCACGUGGUGGACAUACCGCAAGAAAAAUGGCUGGGACGGAUCAGGUCUCCUCAACUCGCAUGGAGUCCCCAAAAAUUCCAAAGCCUACAAGGUUCUGGACGUGAUGAGAAACAAUGGGAAAUUCGACGUCAUCAAAAUCACAGGCGGCAACGUGUAUACUCGUGGUCAUCCCGACGGGCCACACGUGCAUGGAACGCGUUAUAAAGACUACACUGGACUCACGGGCCAGUAUCUCAUCAUCAAUGGCGGCUUCUUCAAGCCCAACAGUCCCGACAAAUACGCUGCUGUCGGCGAGACGAGCCCAGGAGUGACGGAUCUUCGAUUGGAUGCUGUUGAACCUUACAAGGCCCACUACGAACGGAUCACAGGUGUUGAUGGAGAGUACAUUUCGAGCGGACCCAACAUCAAAACGUCAUGGAAGCAGCCCAAGGACGUGUCAUGGACUUACAACAAACAACUCAAUGGUGGAGAAGUAAUCCCUGGCAGUCUCUCCCACACUAGCGAUCCAAACGAGCGUCUCGCCAUCGCUUACAACACUAAUGGCGACAAAUACGUUUUUGUGUACACUGUAGAAAAUCGCGCAGCACACGGGCUCAACAUGCACGGAUGGAGAAAUUUGAUUAAGGAGUGGUUGCAAAUCUGGGAACGCAAGGACAUCACGCAAAUGGAACAGGUCACCAAUCUGGACGGCGGAGGCAGUAUACAGGUAGUCUUCAAGGGGAGUUAUAGGAGAGCCAGGCCGAUCAGGAUAGCCCAGGGAAACAUCGGUGACACUAUCCCUGGUAAACAUCCAGAAAAUGAUAAGGAGGAAAGAAAGGUGGCUAACCUGAUCAUGAUUUCACCUGGACAAUUAACUUUCCCAGCAGCACUACCGCCUGGAGAGGAUGCCGUAUUAAGCGAAAACGACAGCGACAACGAUGCCGACAGCGAUCCUGGGAGCCCCGGCGUAGGUCCCAGCAACCCACCUCCCAGUUAA